AUGUAUGUGGUAUGUUACAGCGGGUGUGACGACGUGCAGCGAUCGUUGGAGCUGUUGGACCAGGUGCUGAGCGAGUACGACGAGGGUGAGCCGCGAUCGCUGGAGGCGCGUGCGCAGGUUACGCCGGCCACGCCAGCCACCCCCGCCACACCAGCUACCGACGACGACUCCCCGCUCGCGGGACACACCUCCGAAGACGAUGGAUACAUGAGCAUGAACGGAAGGAGAGCGAAGUUCGCGCUGGGUUUCCGUCCGACAGAGGAGCGCGAGGAGCCUUCGCCCCCGGACCCGCCGUCACCGCGCUCCCCACCCCCUCCUGAAGAGGCCCAGCGCAUCAUCUCUACGUUACUACCCAAAGUGUCACCAGCGAACUCAGCAAAGCGGACGAUAUCCGUAGAACAGCGCGAAGCCGAGGAGAAACUGGACUCCAUCAUCAGUGUCAACGGCAUCACCACAGCUACACAAACCACUUUUCCAAAAACCAGACAUCAAAGACCUUAUGGAUGGGAAAAAGACACGGAAGCUACCGGGUUUCAGCUCCAACAGCCACCAGUGCCCCCAUACAGGUUUGCAUCGUUGCAGCACGGGGCGCGCCCGCCGCAACCUGACACCGCAUGGCUCCCCCCGCGACACAACGCGCCGCCUACUAACCUAAAGAAAUCGCCAAGUGUGGAGAAUCCGCCUGUAUUCCCCUUCAUGGGUUUCUCAAGCGAAUUCAAUGACAAACCAUACAAUGAACAUCCAGUCACAAUAUACCCAGGACCAAACAUACAAUUCAAAAAAGAAUCUCAUUCACCUACAUACAAUAUACCAAAAAUUUCACCUUCCAACACGAAAAGUUCAGAGAGAAAGAGCAGUGUGAAACGCGACAGUAGGUCGGACGGUGAAAUGUUAUCACCCAAAGGGAAAAUACCUCCCCGAACUCUCGCCGGUUCUAUGGAGCGACAUAGAGAAGUGUGUAGAGGAUCUACGGAGGACAUGGUUGUGAGCUGUAAGAGGAGAAGUUCAAGUAAAAGUAACGACGAAGAGCAUUUUUCGGACGAUUCGUUGGAAGAAUCGUUCCCGCCGCCGCCGCCCGCUGUUACUACGCCUUCGAAACGCAAUUCCAUAGCAUGGGAAGUGUCACUCGAUGGUGAUGACCCUCUACUUACUCCAGGGAGCACAAAGGUAAUAGGCCGACGAAGAAGAAAAUCAGGUGAUCAAUCCCAUUCUAGCACAAGCUCAAUACCGCAAAGAGUAGAUGAUGACUGGGAAGAGGAAUAUUGGCCCCCACCACCUCCACUGACACAAUGUGAAUCUCUCAUUUCUCCUAAUUCUGAUGCCGAACAGGAAAAUCGGCGAGCACAAGACCUGGCUUGUGGUACAUAUGUUAUAAGAAAAGGCAAAAACCGCAAGCAAUUACCGAGUUUCAACAAGAGCACGGCUAGUAAGUCACCCACCAAUCUACUUAAUAGUCACAGUUUGAAUAGAAGUCUAGAUACUGACAAGUCUAUUGACGGGUCGAGCAUAUCAAUCAGCGGCUCUGGCUCAGUAGGCUCGUACAACUCCCGACCGAGUUCUGAUUUAAGUUUGCCGCAAUCUCGUUAUAGUGUUGACUUAAACUCCAGACUGAGCCGUGAGCUUAACACUCCAAACUCUAGAUAUAGUAUAGAUCUCUGCACACCGAAUUCUAGACUGAGUAAAGAAAUAACAUCGCCAAAAUCUCGUCUUAGUUUAGAUCUUAAUAACGGGCCAGAUAGAUAUAUCACUCAGGAGUAUUUCGGUCACAGUCCGAAAAGUAGAAAAAAUACCAGUGAUAAGGGUUCAUCUAAAAUUCAGAGCAAACUAUCGCCACAAAAUAGAUUUUCAGACUUCAAGAAGUAUUCAUCGACUUUUGAUAAUAUUCAGUCACUUAUAAGAGAAGGGAAGGUAGAGGAGACACCCCCGACGGAAUGUAACGAAACCGUCAAUGAACUGACCACGGUGCCUCCGAACAUGGUGCGAGUGGUGUCCCUGCCGAGCCUGGGCGCUGAAGGAGAGGGCAACAGCUCCAGCCGUCAAGCGCUCAUCACUACCGUGGAGGAGGAGGAGGACGCUGACAGCGCCGAGCCUGGCUCCAGCGGUGACACCUCGCCACUCCGCAAAAUCGAAAACAAUAUUAGCGCUAUAUUAAGUCAAGGUCGGGACCAAAAACAUUUUACCCCAUAUAUACCUAAAGACUGGAAUAUCCAUAAGGAUGAAUACUGUGAUGACGUAUCUAAAGAUAUAUUAGAAAACAAUUUCCGUUAUAGUUCUAGAGAGAGGCAAAAGAGACAUGAUAUACAGAAAUCGUCGAGUCACAAUGAAAUACAGAACCAACGGUCAAUAGACCGGCGCGACCGUUCCAAGAGGUCAAACAGUAUGCAUAAAUCCACGAGCGCCAAAGAUGUUCCAGUUAGUUUGAUGCGGCAACCGUCAUCAUCUGACUCCGCUGUCUCGAGUGGAGGGGACUUCCCACUAAAUGUUCAAAUUGUUGAGCACUCCUAUAGGCACCCCCCACUGCCGCUUCCCCCGUCGCCAAUCCUAGGGCAUGAAAUGGGUCCGCUGCCGCAAACCCCAGAAUCGCCUAAAUUUCCUCCGCUACCUCCCUCACCUGUACAAGAAGUUGAAGAUGAAUAUACAGAAAUUAUGCAACCUUCAGAGAAGCGUCAUGUGAAAAAAGCAGAUACGUUACCGACACCAACGAUGGAGUCAAGGAGAAGGCCUUCGGAACCCCCUGCAGUACCACCGCAUCGAGAUACCACAAACAGCCUAAAGACGCGGUCUAUGGAAACUAGUUACAACAAAAACAGAAGAAGCAGCAGUAACUUCAAGACUGGAUCAACAGACAGAAGAACUUUACCAACUGAUAUCGGAGCGAGCGGCGCUAGACGAAGGACAUUGCAGAGACAAAAUCGCGAAGCUACAGCCACAGGCCGAGGUCCCUUGCAGACAUCUGCCAGCCUCCCUGAAACACCAGUAUUUGCUCGAGGAUGCGACGUUCCUCGCACCCCACCGAGAAACUCUACAGGACCCCCCAGGAACAAUACAAUGAACUCCAUACAGUCUAUAGGAAGCUCAGCGACGUUGGGUGGAUAUGGACGUGGCUCCGUGAUGGGUGCUACGGGAGUCUGCACUGGAGCCGACCUUCUGCGGAUGGGAGGACCGCCCCGAGGCUGGUACCCUCGCCAAAGACACAGGCCCGCUUCAACGGAGCACCUGGAUCGACUAACAACCUCGUCAAAGAUGGCAGUGGAACACCCAGUGGCAUGGGAGGGCAGUGCCGCCCGCAAACCUCUCACCCUACCACCCAACUUGACGCCAAAGUUCUUCCAGAAGUCACCCAGGGAGGCGCUUCGCAGGGUAACCAGCUUACUAAUACGAAAAGAUGUCAUAAAAGAAGAACAUUUGAUGAAGACGACAGGCAGUUCUCUGAUAAACCUGAACUUCUUAAACUGCGAUCUCCAACCCGCCUGCUAA